UCACAACUUGUCAGGAACUGUAAACAUUCCAGUCUCAUUACGUCAAGUGUGUUCACAAAAUGAUAAUCAUUUAGGAACGCUAUGCAAAUUGUGGCGUUAAUCAGUUUCGGCGACAUUAUCAAUUAUAAUAAUAUUUGUUUAUAAAGUAAAUAGUUUAUUUGUGUCUCAACAACAUUUUUAAAUGACAUGGCCCGUGGCACGAUAAAAUUUGGGGUUUCUUUCCGUUGGAAAGUUUUUUAGUUGCAGUUCCACCGCAUUUGAGAAAAUAGUCAUAAAGCAUGCUUAUCCAACCAAAGAAGAUGGUCCCUCCAGACGGAGGUUGGGGAUGGAUCGCUGUCAUAGGAGUCGCAAUAGUUAAUUUCUGCACGCGAUCAAUAGAACCAUCUUUCGGUUUAUUGUUUGGAGAUCUAUUAAAGGAACUUGGAGUCGGCACUACUGGAGCAGCACUAAUUAUGAGUACACUGGAUGCCCUUAUUAAUUUCUCAGGGUUACUUGUAGGACCGCUUAUCCGUGCCUUUUCGUAUCGUAAAGUAUCACUAGUUGGAGCUUGUCUGUGUGGUUUGGGUUUGGUACUUACGUUUCCGGCGCGAAGCAUGGCACAUAUCCUCGUUACGUACAGUAUUAUAAACGGUGUCGGCGUUGGCCUGACCGCAUCCGCCACCUUUGUAGCUUUAAAUCACUAUUUUGUAAAACGCAGAGGACAAGCUCUUGGCUUCUCGUUGGCGGGAACUGCUUUUGGAAUGUUACUUAUGCCACAGGCUGUGCGAUUACUUUUAGAGGCAUAUAGUUUUAGAGGGGCAAUUCUAGUAUUGGGGGGAGUUGCCUUACAUGCACUUAUAGGAUCUGCUCUAUUACAACCUGCCGAAUGGCACUUUGUACCAGAAAGCAAAAAUUUGGAAGAAGGAAACCGCCAAAAGAGAAUCACCUUUUACUUUUCUUCGAAUGAGGAAAUGGAAACAAUAAAGGAAGUAGACGACGAAGAGGCGGAAUCGCCAGAAAGCGCACAAACCCAAAAACUGAUUGGCGUAAACACAAUACCCGAUUUUUCCAAAUGCCUCGGCGAUUACCGACCGAAAGAGGCCAGCUUCCCGAGGAACUUUUCCACCAUGAGUUUCCUAACGCGUAGCAAGCCAUAUUCCGAUAUAUUAAACUACUCUAGUCUGUCCAGUAUGGAUUUUACAGGCUCAAGUCUUCAGCUCCAUCUACAAGUAAGCGUUCGGUUGUACGUUUUCGACCCUAAUCCUCGUUUUCAGAGUACCGAAAAACCAGGCCCGAAAUUGCACAUUACGGAAGGGGUUCGUUUACGCAGGAACCUGAGCUAUCCUGCGGUCGAGCUGAACUCCCAUCUCAAACUAAUGCAGGAUUACCAGCACGAACCCUUACGUUUCGAACCUAGGAAAAAGGAGACGCUUUGGUCGAAAAUUGUUAACUUCAUGGAUUUAGACCUGCUAAAAGAUCCAAUUUAUUUAAACCUCGUUUUUGGUUUGUCGAUCUUUUAUGUCGCGGAGCAAAACUUUAAGAUGGUCACGCCGUUCUUCUUCGACAGUAUAGGAUACAACAAGACGAACACCGCUUUGUUCCUGUCCGUUCAGGCCAUCACCGACAUAUUGGCCCGACUCAUCCUUCCUCCAAUUUGCGACAGAGUUAAUGUCCGAAAACGCACGCUGUUUAUGGUUGGAAUAUUUCUCGUUGGGAUUUCUCGAUCAGUAUUGGCUGAACAAACUGACUAUACAAUGAUCUUAGUGUGGUUGUUUGUUUGUGGAUUUGUGCGUGGUGCAGCUCUCAUUAACUUUACGAUCACCAUAUCCGAGUACUCUACGUUAGACAAAUUACCAGCGGCGUUUGGGUUACAUAUGGUUGGAAAAGGGCUGUUUGUUGUUGCACUUGGACCUGUUUUAGGUUACAUAAGAGACGCAACACGAAGUUAUCCAAUAUGUCUCCAUUCCCAAACAUUUCUGAUUAUGCUCUGCUGCUUAGCAUGGAGUAUUGAAUACAUAAUAGUUUGGUUCAAAACCAGAACAAAGGACGCGAGUUCCGAUAACACAUCCACAUGACAAACAGACGAUACGUGGUAAUUUCCGUUGAUCAAUCAACUGGAUUCCUGAACCAUCUGUGAAUUAUAUUAAUUAAUUUUGGAUAACUGCUUCUCCAAUGGAAUACUGUAAAAUAUCUAUUUUUUACUUCGUGUAUUUCUAUCAAGUAUACAAAUCCACCAGUGUUCAUUGUCUUAAAAUGUGAGGUAUAGGUAGUUAACGUAGACAAUAUAAAAAGGUCUAAAGUAGCGUGUGGGAAUACUACAUAAAUGUGAGCACUUGAUAAACCUCUUACUACCACACCUUUCCAACUUGGCCAACACGUGUGCCAACAAGACAUUUGGCAUUUGGACGUAUGUGCCAAAUGCUAAACAGCAACCAUAUCAUUUUGAACAGACUGCAAUUACUCUGGUUAAACUUAAAAUUGUUUUUUUAGAUUAAGAGGUAUACCUAAUUGAUCAGUAUUAAGAUUAUGUAUUAUUCCCUUAGUCCUUAUUAGAAGUUGCUUUGAAUCCAUUCAUUAAAACUGCCCAUUAA